CCUUCUCAGUUCCGUCGCUUCUUCCCUUCUCAAUUCCGUCGCUUCUUCCCUUCUCAAUUCCCCUGCUCAAUAUGCUUGAGAGCGAAUCCUAUUCCUGGCUACUAACUACGCUAGCUACAUCAUGGCUCCAGGGUGUAAACGGUCGCGAGAGUGUGGACAAUUGUAAACAUUCAUGAAAGCAAUAUACGAUUAUAUUCCAAUGACCCCUCUGGAUUCCUAUUAGUCAUCGGCCCUUGGGCGCAAUGUACCGAUUCACGCCAUGGUCUACGCCGCUGCUCAUACUACAUAAUCGAGAUCUAGGUCAGGGCCGGCCUUAGGUAUGCGCUAGGUAGCCGCCUAGGGUCUCCAUUUAUCCAAGUCCGGCCCUAACUAGGUUUAUUCAACAAUAAAAAAUUAAGUCGGAUAGUUUGUCCGCUUUACUAGUCAUGUGAUGUGACGAUAAGCAUGUCAAGUUAUCGGCAAUAAUAGAGAUAUACGUGUUUCUAAUUUUAGAAGGGAUUCGGGAAUCAAGUUUACCUGUACAAAUAUUCAGGUCAUUUUUAUUUAGAAGAAGGAUAUGAAACAUAGCCUAUUAUGAUGUCACACAUUUCUUUACUUGGAUAUUUCAUUUAAGAUAUUGUUCCCCGAAUUGAAACAUUUUUGUAACCUGUCUAACUAGGUACAGUUCUAAAACAUGGACGCACUAUCAGAGGCACUGGUUUGUAUAAUAUUCAUUCACGGAGCUAACUCUAUCAUGGCUGACCAGACAUGUGAUCCAGAUGUACCUUCCAGAGCUCCGCCUAAAUUAAAUGAUCAGGUCAUGGCCUUACCCCAGAGCGACGUUCGGGAACUUAACUGCCCUGAGGGUGAAUACCUUGAAUUUUACAAGUGCUUACCUUGUAAAGAAGGAACAUUCAGAACAAAACAGAUGGCUGCACUUGAUAAGUUUUCUAGAUGUCAGAUUUGCCAGAAGCCAGGCAUGCAUGAAUAUGAAAAAGAAGCGUGCUCAAGAACAAAAGAUACUCUGGUCAUGUGUGUUCAAGGCUACUAUCGUCAUCCAACUGAAGGAAACCCUUGUGACUGGGAAUGUAAAUUGUGCAAGACAUGUGGCCUAGGUGAAUACAUGUUUGACAAUUUUGUAGCCCGGGAUUGCAACGACUUCGAGGACGUAAUUUGCUGUAAGGAAAAUAACACCACGGUGGUGAACGGACAGUGUGUUGAAAUGACCACUACAACCUCCCCAAGGACACAGCCAACGGCUUCAUCUCUUAGCAGCGCCACGUCUACGGACACUACAGCGCCCAAACGUGGUGAAUCUGUUCAACGGCAGCACGUAGGGAGCAGCGGCACUGCGAAGCGCCCAGAUCUCUAUUCUCUCCUUUGCUCUGUUGUUUUUAACGCUUAUCAACGGUGGUAUCUUCAGAUAUCUAUAGCCCAUUGAGUUUCAACUACACGAGCCCUCAUUCUUCACAACCUUUGAUAUUUCACAUUUUCUUUGGGCAGCUGACGUUGUGUAGUACUAUGUAAGUGAUGAUGUGUAGCUAUGAUGUGUAGCGCUGACGUUGUGUUGAACUGUGUAAGUGAUGAUGUGUAGCGAAGAUGUGUAGCGCUGACGUUGUGUUGAACUGUGUAAGUGAUGAUGUGUAGCGAAGAUGUGUAGCGCUGACGUUGUGUUGAACUGUGUAAGUGAUGAUGUGUAGCUAUGAUGUGUAGCGCUGACGUUGUGUUGAACUGUGUAAGUGAGGAUGUGUAGCGAAGAUGUGUAGCGCUGACGUUGUGUUGAACUCUGUAAGUGAUGAUGUGUAGCGCUGACGUUGUGUAGUACUGUGUAAGUGAGGAUGUGUAGCGAAGAUGUGUAGCGCUGACGUUGUGUAGUACUGUGUAAGUGAGGAUGUGUAGCGAAGAUGUGUAGCGCUGACGUUGUGUAGUACUGUGUAAGUGAUGAUGUGUAGCUAUGAUGUGUAGCGCUGACGUUGUGUUGAACUCUGUAAGUGAUGAUGUGUAGCGAAGAUGUGUAGCGCUGACGUUGUGUUGAACUCUGUAAGUGAUGAUGUGUAGCGCUGACGUUGUGUAGUACUGUGUAAGUGAGGAUGUGUAGCGAAGAUGUGUAGCGCUGACGUUGUGUUGAACUGUGUAAGUGAGGAUGUGUAGCGAAGAUGUGUAGCGCUGACGUUGUGUUGAACUGUGUAAGUGAGGAUGUGUAGCGAUGAUUUUCUGGUCUUAAUCAUAAAAAUGUAAAUGUUUGUUCUAGAAGUACAAAACACUUAACUAAGGUUCUUAAAUAUUUUUUUUAUUACCACACAAGAUCUGUCAAUUUUCAUUGUCAAAUUCUCUCUGUCAUUUACUUUUGUUAGAAUUUUAUUCUGAUAUUCUUUCUGAAAAUAUUGAAAUCUGCCUUUUUACCUGCCUGCGUGGAUCACUGCGGGGCUGAUUUUGUGCUUGUGUUUCCACACUAACUGUCUUUGUAGCCUUGUUUUUUUUUUU